UGAUUGCAAUAUUGAUACCGAGAGCUUCGGAGACGCUACAGCAACAUUUAAUCAUUCAAGAUAUUAUUUUCAACGCCUCAUGUUGACCCCGGAUGAUGAUACCGAAUGAACGCGACGCGCGGAAACCGACGCGGGGGAAUCUGUGGAGAUAUAAACGUUAAUAUUACAUCAUCAUCAUCGCGUAUAUUGAUUUUAAAUAUUUACAGACUGGAUCAUCACCUUCAUCCUGACUCAUUUGAAUGAAUAGUUGUUGAUUUUCUCAUUUGUUUUAAAUUUGAGCCGUUAGUAAAGCGCGAGGACGCAAUGGUCAUCGCCGUGCACGGGUUCGAGCGCGCGCCCGCCGGGUGUCCCGCCGCCUCAGGUGUUGCAUGAGCCUCUGUCCGGUCAUGUUGCCCGGUGUGGGUGUGUUCGGGACCAGCCUGACGGCCCGGGUCAUCAUCCCGCUGCUGAAGGGCGAGGGUUUCUCGGUGAAGGCGCUGUGGGGUCGCACGCAGGAGGAGGCGGAGGAGCUCGCGCGCGACAUGAACGUGCCUUUCUACACUAACCGGAUCGAUGACGUGCUGCUGCAUCCGGAUGUGGAUCUGGUGUGCAUCAACCUGCCGCCGCCGCUCACCCGACAGAUCGCCGUCAAGACUCUGGGAAUUGGCAAGAAUGUAAUCUGCGAUCGAACAGCGACACCGCUGGACGCCUUCCGUAUGAUGUCAGCGGCGCAGUACUACCCCAAACUGCUGAGCAUCAUGGGAAACGUGUUGCGAUUCCUGCCAGCAUUCGUGCGCAUGAAAGAGCUGCUGGAGGAGGGUUAUAUUGGCGAACUCAUGGUCUGCGAGGCUCAAGUUCACAGCGGGAGCCUUUUAGGAAAAAAAUACAACUGGAGCUGCGACGACCUGAUGGGCGGCGGAGGACUGCAUUCGGUCGGCAGCUACAUCAUCGAUUUACUCACUUUUCUGACUGGGAGACGCGCGGCGAAAGUGCACGGAUUCCUUAAAACAUUUGUCAAGCAGACCGACCACAUCCGAGGAAUUCGGCAAAUCACGAGUGACGACUUUUGCACAUUUCAGAUGGUGUUAGAAGGAGGUGCUUGCUGCACGGUGACACUCAAUUUUAACGUUCCUGGUGAAUUUCGACAGGAAGUCGUGGUCGUCGGAACUGCUGGAAGGUUAAAAGUUUGCGGGACGGAUUUAUACGGGCAAAAAAACGACGGAGAUUGUGGACAGGAGCUACUAUUGAAAGAUAAAACUGCUAUCGGGAACGCGUCUUUGCCUGAUAAGGCGUUUCGGGAUAUCCCGUCUCCAUAUCUCACUGGUACAAUCUGCAUGGUUCAGGCUGUUCGACAGGCGUUUCAGGAUCAGGACGACAGGCGCACGUGGGAUGGACGGCCGCUCACGAUGGCUGCGACAUUUGAGGACUGUCUAUAUGCGCUUUGUGUCGUCGAUACAAUUAAGAAGUCCAAUCAGUGUGGGGAAUGGCAGAAUAUCGAGGUCAUGACGGAGGAGCCGGAAGUUAGUCCAGCGUAUCUGAUCAGCGAGGCCAUGCGGCGCAGUCGGAUGUCUCUGUACUGCUAAUGCCAGUGCAACCGCUAAUGCAUGGGCACAACUGGAAAAGAGGUUACGUGUUUUCUUGAAAUCGAUUCGCUGGAGGCAAACGUGUUCACAACAACAUGAAUAUUUAGUGCAAUAAACAUGCACAGCUUUUAAUGCAUCGGUUACGCAUCAAACUGGAAAGAUGAGAACUCUCACAGAUGGCACUCUAGUGGGUUUUUUGGUAAGUCUAAAGCGCCAUCUGCUGUUAAAAAGAGUGAAUUGCAAGCAUUUUAAAAAUUUGCUGAAUUAAUUUUGGUAAUUAUUUAGGCCACAACUCAUGCAACAGAAUUUUUUUCACCCACUGCUUAUUAAUCAUAUCAGAUCAAUUCUAGAUUUCGGUUUAGAUGUCAGAUUUGAAGCUUGUAGGUGAAUGUGCAUGGGAAAAUGCAAUUAGAAAACAUGAGCAUCUGUUUAAAAGUGCAUUAAAUAAAUGUGGCAGUUUUGUUUACACUGGAAGAAAUAUAUAUAUAUAUAUAUAAAAUAGUUUUAACCCAGAAAUGAUUAAGAAAUGACAAGUAACGUUGAAUUAAACAUGAGAUUUAGAAGUUUAAAAAAUGCAAUAGUAUAAACUUCAGUCAUCUUUAUUUAAUAGGUAGUAUCAUGUUAUAUUUGCUUCAUGUUUUGUGUUAUCCCAACACACCAAAUCAAUUAAACCCUCAUCAUGAAAAUAACUUUACUGCAAAUAAACCAUGUUAAACCAAGGAAACAACAAAUUCACCAUGGUUUUGCUAUAGUAACUCUUGUUUCUAAAUAAUUUUUACUGCUUGUUCAUGCAACUUAUUAAAAAUGAGCUGAAUCAACACAAUUCUUGAGCGUUUUUUAGGAUAACUUAAUUGUUUUUACAAAUUUAAAUGAAUUAAACGUAAAUCAAUUAAGUUAAAUUAAUCUGUUUGUGUUUAGACAACAUGGAGGAAUUGUGUGGAACCCAGCAUUACAGUGAAUGGUGAUCAUUGCAGUAGGCAUGGGCCAGUAUAAGAUUCUGACAGUAUGAUAACCUGGAUAAAAAUAUCAGAUUCACAGUAUUGUGAUCACUGCUCUAAAAUAUCUUCUUUUUAAAUGUCUGAGUUACAAAACUCUUUCCCCAUUUAACAAAAUACAUUUUAUUUUAUAAUACAUUUAUAAUACUUUAUAACAGUAGAACACGUCAGGCUAAAUAAACUAAAUCAUUGACUUCUGCUGUCUUCAUGUGUGUGUUCUGACCUAUACAGUAUCUGAUUAGCCACUUCUGAAGUUACUGGAAGUCAAAUUAUGCAUCUGAUUUGACUUUACUUUAGGUUAUAUGUAGAAACAAACAGCUAUUUUACAGGAAAACGUAGACAAGUUACGUUGUCUAUCGCUGCUCUAGGUCUGCUGACUUCAGAGUUUUUCUCAUAGACUGAUUGACGCAAUAAUGCAAUCACAGUGGUAUGAACCGUUAUAGGGGUGGUCAAAUGUAUAUUUAUAUUAAUUAGAUUUUUUAAACAAUUUUAAUUAUUAACAUUAUUAUUUAAAAUACAAAGCAGAGCAAUGUUUUCCUCAGUAUUAAAGAGCUGACCCCCCCUAUACAUGUUGUUUUGAUGUCCUUCAGGGGGAUCAAGCGUUAAUUAGGGGGGGUCAAUCCCCCCCAAAUCCCCCUGUAAUUCGCACCCUGCAUAUAUUGCAGGAAUGGUACAGCUGAAAAUCUUUGUGGUUUUAAAACCUUGACUUUUCCAAACUGCGGUAAACUCUGAAACUGGUUAUCAUCCCAUGCCUACAUUACACACACACACACUCAAAACACGGUUACUACACUUUUACUAUAAUAAAACCAUGGUUAAUUUUCUGAAGAGAAGAACUGAAAUGAAAUCAACAUUGAAAUAAACUGAAAUAAUAUGAGAAAUCUACAUAUACAUUACUUGUAUAUGAGUAUUGUAUUGUAUUUAGAGAAAUGAAUCUCUAAAUUAUGUAAGAAUGAAUGAAUUGAUCAAAAGUUGCAGUGAAAAAGCAAAUAAAUGCUGCCUUUUUACACUUUUAUUUUUAAUAAUCAAAGACUCCUUAAUAAUUGACUUUUUAUUAUUAAGCCUUUUGUUUUUAUGCAUAGACAAAGUGCAUUAAAUUGAGCUGAAUUCUUGUGCCGAUCAUUCAUGUUGCUGUGAACCGCUCAUUUGGAGAAAUACUGAACAUUAGUAAUGUGCAAAUUUGAGUUCAUCCAACGCAAACGUGCCUCAUGCAUUGAGCUGAACUUGAGUGCGCUUGACUGUAUUCAUUAUGGGACGUUUACAGUCAAGCAUGCAAUACAGUCAGAAGAAUCAAAGGACGAUGCCACGCUUUGCUGAAAUGCCUUUGUUUCUGCGACGUGUUUGUAUUUACUCGGGUUAGUGCGGCUUUUUAAAACGUUGUCCAUUAAUGUAUGUGAAAUUCAGACUGUCUGCAUGCUGCUGUCAGAGCAUUUAAUAUGGACUGCAAAUGCAUGAAAUCAACACUCAACAAACUGCAGCGUUUAGGUGUGUAUUAUGAGGUAGAUCUGGACAAAACUCAUCAAUAUCAGAUGAUCAGACGUGUGUGUGUGUGUAUUUAUAAUCCCAGUGUUUGUGUGCGUUUCAGGCUUGUAUCUUGGCUUUACAGUCAGUUUUUAUCCUGAAAGAUUGUGAACUGUAAACCCAGUUUUUAGGAGAAUGUGGAUUUAAUUAUCAGUGGUUCUCAACUGGAUUAAAUAAGCUUGAUUAUUCUUUUAGGAUCUGAUUUAGACAUCAUGUGAUGACUCAGAAUUGACCUGUAAUAUUAAAUGCUGAAAUAAUAACAUACACUUCCAGUUAAA